GGGAGGAGUGCGGGGAAGCGGAGUCGCGGACAGGCAGCGGCUGUUCACACAGUAAUGCGGAUCAGGCGGGUUAAUAACAGCCAUUUCUCCCAGUCUGUCAACUUCAUGCCCGCCGAGGGACGGUGUUUGUAACCGGAGCCGGAGACUUUUAUCCUACCGAGUCCUCUAACCCGACUCAGAGCCGCGGCUGGUGAAUCCCGGAGGAAUGGCAGCGGCGGAGUAGGUCGGGGCGAGCCGCCCGAAAUAACCGGACUUUUCUUUAUAAAGCUCCCGCUGAAUUCCCGCGGGUCCGGAGCAGAGAGAGAGAGGUCUGUGAUGGUGGAUGGCAUCAUGAUUCUCCUGCUUGUGGUCCUGAUGGUUUUACCAGCCGCCAGUACAGAAGAUAAAGCCACUGCCAGUGACUUUGAAUGUGUGUGCGAGGGGCAGUCAUGCGGCAGCGACGGACGCUGCUUCGGCCAGCAGUGCUUCUCCUCUCUCUCCAUCCGGAACGGGACUGCCCUCCGCCAGAAGGGGUGCAUUGUGGGUAAGGAGGAAGAGGCGGGCCGGUGCGGAAGCUCCCCGCCGACGCCUGGCGUCACGGUGCACUGCUGCCAGGGAACACUGUGUAACAGCAACGUUACAGUGGAGAUGCCGAGCACAGACUCCAGCGCAGUCUCCGCGCAGCACGAGUGCGUGUGUGAAGGACCGGAGUGUGUGAGCGGUGGGCGGUGUGUAGGAGAUCAGUGUUUCUCCUCCGUUACAGUGACUGGUGGUAACCUGCAGCAUCACAAGGGCUGUUACUCCGCCUCCCAGAGGGGCGGGGCUAAAUGUGACACACCCACAUCACCUGACAGCGUCGUCAGCUGCUGCUCGGGUCACCUGUGUAACGCCAACGUCACUGUGGAGCCGCCAACCAGAGAUGUGGAGACGAAGCUUCUUCCUAAGGAGCACGAGUGUGUGUGCGAGGGCCGCUCGUGUGUGAGUGGAGAGCGGUGUAUGGGGCAGCAGUGUUUCUCAUCUCUGACGUUGAGUGAUGGGGUGCUGGUCUAUCAGAAGGGCUGUUUCACCGUGUACGAGCAGGGCCGCAUGACCUGCAAGACCCCGCCCUCACCUGACCAGAUCGUGGAGUGCUGCCAGGCUCACCUGUGCAACAUGAAUCUCAGCGUGGCUCUUCCUGUGAGAGUGGUGGAGGGUCCUAACUACAGCGUCACAACACUGGCCAUCGUGAUUGUGGCUCCGGUAAUCGUCCUUAUUUUCCUUUCCACUGCCGCCAUCUUGGUGUUCCGACGGAUCCACCACAACCAGAUGGAAAGGUUGACGGCUCGAGAUGCUGAGUACGGCACCAUCGACGGGCUCAUCGCCUCCAACGUUGGGGAAAGCACACUUGCUGAUCUGUUGGAUCACUCCUGCACGUCUGGCAGUGGAUCAGGACUGCCUUUCCUGGUGCAGCGGACAGUCGCCAGACAGAUCACUCUGAAUGAGUGUGUGGGGAAAGGGCGCUAUGGCGAGGUGUGGAGAGGUCAGUGGCAGGGUGAGAACGUGGCUGUAAAAAUCUUCUCUUCCCGUGAUGAAAAGUCUUGGUUCCGGGAGACAGAAAUCUACAACACAGUGCUGCUGAGACACGAGAACAUCCUAGGCUUUAUCGCAUCAGACAUGACGUCUCGUAACUCCAGCACACAGUUGUGGUUAAUCACACACUACCAUGAGAUGGGCUCCCUCUACGAUUACCUCCAGCUGAGCACACUGGACGCCCCGUCCUGCCUACGGAUGGCGCUGUCCAUCGCCAGCGGCCUGGCCCACCUGCACGUGGAGAUCUUUGGCACGCAGGGCAAACCGGCCAUCGCCCAUCGAGACCUUAAGAGCAAGAACAUCCUGGUCAAUAAGAACGGCCAGUGCUGCAUCGCUGACCUCGGUCUGGCUGUCAUGCAUUACCAGGAUACGAAUGAGCUGGACGUGGGCAACAACCCUAAAGUGGGCACCAAGCGCUACAUGGCUCCGGAGGUGCUGGACGACUCCAUUCAGGUGGACUGCUUUGAGUCUUAUAAAAGAGUGGACAUCUGGGCCUUUGGCCUAGUGCUGUGGGAGAUCGCCAGACGGACGGUCAGCAACGGUAUUGUAGAAGACUACAAGCCUCCCUUCCAUGACGUAGUGCCUAGUGACCCCAGCUUUGAGGACAUGAAGAAGGUGGUGUGUAUAGACCAACAAAGACCAAACAUCCCCAACAGAUGGUUCUCAGAUUCUACUUUAACAUCCAUCGCCAAACUCAUGAAGGAGUGUUGGUAUCAGAACCCGUCUGCGCGGUUAACGGCCUUACGCAUCAAAAAGACUCUGACAAAAAUCGACAAUUCUUUGGACAAGAUAAAAGCGGACAUCUGAACUGCUUCUGUACGGAAGAUCCUCAAAGGCCUUUACCAUGUCUAGCGGACAGCUCGUCUGGAGAACCAGGAUGGAGGAAAAAAGGGACCGCUUGGGCACUGUGCUCUCCCAGAGACACAAUGUAUUUAUUUUAAACACGCAGUGGGACAUGUUUUGGCAUCCAAAGAUGGCACAGUGGGCAUUUAAAAAAAUAUAUACUAUGGAAAAAAGACUACGGAAAGUCCUCGAAAUGUGGCUUAUCUGAAGACCUAGCUUUCACACCUAGUCACGUUCUUCAAAAAAGAACAGUAGCAGAGGAGCUUGGAGAAGGUGGCUUUAUAGAGCUAUGGUUUACUUCUAAUGCAGCUUUGAUUUUUAGACCUGUCUGGAGAAAGUGUCUUUCAUUUAGCAAUAUCGACCGUGCUUCUUUUUGGUUUAUUGCACUGGCAGUCUUUUAGCAUUCCUUACUUGCACUGUUACAGAAAAAGAUAAAAGACAAUGACAAUUUGCCAAAAAAAAUGGUUCUUUUGUAUUCAACUACCAUCAUAUCCUUAUCCAUAAUCAAUCAGAGAGACAAAGAAUAGCUAGAUUUACUUCGGCUGCCUUUUUUUUUGUUGUAUGUUUUUGCACUGGCGUUUACAGUAUAAUUGGACAAAGUGUCUGCAUUCAUUCAUUCAUGUCACUCUGUAAUUUAUUUAACUCAGUUUUUGAGCGGUAUGAUGGCCACUGUGUCGCUGUUCUGCCUGAGAUGUUUAACUUGUCACAGAUUUUUUUGUAUCAUUGAGCAUUUAGCCUUUUUUUCUUUUGUUUGUUUCAUAAGCUUUAUUGAAUACAGAUGCUAAAAGAGUAAAUAAAAAAAAUACUAGAAGUUCCUUAACUCUUAAAAAAAAAAAAAAAAAAAAUCUAAGCAAUGCCUGUACGCUGUGUGUGUUUGAACCUACGCAACACAAGCAGCAGCAAAGCAAUUGCGCUAAUGGGCUAUUUUAAUAUGGACUUAUUUAUACUAUUUUAAUAUUUAAUAAUUCAUGUAUUAAUGGUCUAUACGACAAAACACAGAAUUUAUGAUAUGUCACACCAUUGAUUCCACUGACAAUCUUUCCCAUACGUUAUUACUUCUAUUAUGAAAAUGAAAUUGCACUUAAAAGAACAGGAAAAAAAAAACUUCAGGUUUGUACACAAAAAACAGACUCCUCAUUUAUCUGCUUCCUUUUGUAAGAAUUAUGGCUAAUUACAGAUCAGAAAGCUGAAACACA